GCGGUCGAAGUUGGAGAGGUAUGCGAUGAUCUUGAGAAGAGAUGUGGAAGUGCAUUGUUCCUAGUUGAGGGUUUUGCUAAAACCUCUUCGCUGUCUUCUUCUUCAUAGCUCUCUGUAAUUUCGAAAUGAAUGCACUGCGCCGAGCAUCACGAGUGCUUGCUUCUUCGGCCACUGCGACGGAACGCCUUGUUUCACAUCCCACAGCCUUCAUUCCUCAGUCCUAUGCUACUGCCGCCCCUCGACGGAGAUCCAAACGCGUCGAAGAACCUUCGGCCCCUUCAAAAGACGUCGCCGUUUCUGAAAGACAGAGGCCCACAGAGAUUCCGUAUCAGCCCAGGGCUGCCAAUUUCGUCAACCUCAUUGGUCAAAUCCAUAUGCCAGUUCAGCUUCAAACUUCUCCCGAUGGCAAGACUUGGGCUACCACCGUUAUUAUACGGGAGCUCACUUCUGAUUCUUCCCAUCUUUGGAUUCCAGUAAAAUUUGAGGGGGAUUUGGCUCAUGUUGCUGCUUGCCAUCUGAAACAAAAUGACUACAUACAUAUUGCUGGAGAGCUCAGUGCAGGUUCAUCUUAUUCAAAUGAAAGUAAAGGCCAAAGCAAUGUUCAGGUUUUGGCACAAAGCCUCAACUUUGUCCAUGGAUAUCCUUUAGUGAAGGAAAUAUCUGCAGCUUCAAAGCAACAGGGAAUCUCAGAUUCAUCUGACAGCACAAAGAAGAAUUCUGGCUGUACAAAGAACUCUGGCUCUGACCCUUUGUUGAGUUCUUGGAGAGAACUUCUGAAAGAUCCUAAGCAAUGGUGGGAUUGCCGUGACAGUAAGCGCAAACAAUUGGUAAAUUUUAAGUUCCCUGAUUUCAAGCGCAAGGAUGGGACUCUCUCACUGUGGCUUGAUAGGGCCCCAAUAUGGGUUCUUUCUGAACUUGAAGGAUUGGAAUUUGAUGCUUUGAUUCUGAAAUCCAAGCAAGCAAAGGAACAGAAUGGUUCGGAUCUGAAAUCCAAACAAGGAAAUGAACAGAAAGAUGAUGCAAGUUGGAGAGACGUGGUGGAAAACCCAGAUAAAUGGUGGGAUAAUAGAUCAAAUAAGAAAAAUGAAAGAUAUCCUGACUUCAAGCACAAAGAAACCGGUGAAGCAUUGUGGCUUAGUAGUUCCCCAAGUUGGGUAUUGCCAAAGUUGCCGCCUGUAAAGGCGAAAAAAGUGAGAACUUAACACCGAACAAAACCUGGAAUCGAUGUAGAAACUGUUUCUCAUGGGCAAUUAUGAUGAUUGUUAGAAGUUUGAGACAAUGUUGGAUCUCCUGCGCACUUGAUGUUAGGUUGAUGCAUGGGGCAAAUGUGAAUUCUAUUAUGAUCUUUGCAAUUCCAAAGGGAAAUGGUUAUCAAGUCUGUAGUCUCUCUGACCCCCAACCCCAACUGUGAACAAUUUGUACAAGGUUUACGAUUGAUUUACAGGGAACUAGAGGAAAUCUUGUUAAUCCAAAAAGAAAAAAGGGAAAAAUUACAUAUAAGUUUGUGGAGCAAAUUUAUUUAUAAAUAAA